CGUUGGAUGUACGGUGACCAUACUACGGUGGAAUACUUGAGUGGGGUUGAGGAGUUCCUUAGAUGUGCUUUAGCACACCAACGGAAUACGAAAGCCGCAAAGAUCUAUUGUCCUUGCCGUGAUUGUAACAAUGUAAGGCGGUUAGGUGAUAUUGAUGAAAUUGAGGAUCAUUUAUUUCGUCGUGGGUUUAAGCAAGAUUACCAUGUCUGGUUUUGGCAUGGUGAGAAAAUACUUGAUCGUCCAAGUUCUAGUGUGAAUGAAUUUGAUGUUCUGGCAGAGAGUGAUGAGAGUGAUGAGAGUGAUUCUGAUAUUUCUGAGAAUAAUGAGAUGGAUGAUGAUGAGCAAGAAGAUAAUGAAAUAAAUGAAAUGAUGGAUGCGGUGAAAGAUCACUUGAAUCAGCCGCCAAAAGUAAGAAGCAAAAUUUGGCAGACGACACAAUUCAAGGUCUUGGCCCAUCAUGCAAUUAUUUGAAGUUUAUCAUCAAUACGGCGCCCGGUGAUGUAUAUAAAAAUACUUCAAUCCCAUUGCCCGCUUCGGUUUGGCAUUAUGACGAAGAUCGACAAACUUAUGUAAAUGAGGUUGACGUUGAAGAGUUCCUUAGAGGGGCGUGCCUCAACAUUUCAGUGAUCCAAGUCUAUAUGAUGUGUUUAUUCCACGAACACACCUUUGCAUUUGACAACUCUCAGAUUGGG